GCUUGGCACGAAGUAAGCGCUUAACAAUACCAUCAUUAUUAUUAUUAUCUCUAAUUCUCUCCUCUCAGUUCGCCCUGUUUCUUGCCCUCAGGUGCUUAGUACUGUUUGUAUUCUGAAGUAGUUAUGAGAUGUUCUGAGCAUUUAAACUAUCUGUGAUGUCAUACUCUGCAUUCUAAGGUAGUGAAGAGAGUAUUUUCAGACUACCAGAGACCCAUUCAAUACACUGCAGGGGAAAUUUACAAAAUGAUCCUCCUAAUAGCUUAAAAAUUUCCAUCAGCGCAUAGACUACCAGAAAAAGCAAGUUCACACCUUGAAGAAUCCAGCUCAGUGUUUCUUGGGCAGUGAUGUAAUUUUCUCCAAGGGCUUGAGUACGUCAAGGAUAUCCAGGCCAUAUUACAGCGUACUUAAAACGUGUUCAGUUUGGAAAAACUUCCUGCAUUCAAAGCAAUGGAGACUGAAACGCUCAUGGCACUCAAUGAAGAUGAUUCAGUGGAGGUGCACUACGUGGAUGGGUCCAGAUUGAAGCUCUCUCCGUGCGGCUGUGAAUUUGUCUUCGAAAAGGCACUGACUUCUUCAGCACAUCCUCUGGAGCAACCUGAAAGAAUUCAUCAAAGAACACAGUUUGUUACUAGCAGUUAUAGAGAGCAGUUAUUGCGAGCAUUAGAUUUCCGGAACACCUUUUCCACUUAUCCUUUUUUACCUGAUAGCAUCAUACCUUCUGAAAGAAAACAAUGUAUCUUCCUUGAUGUCUUUGAAGUUAUGUGGCCUAGUCUUGACGCUGUUGGCGCGUUGCUGUGUAUGGAUAAUGACAAUGUGAAGAUUUCCUCUUUAGAUGGUUAUGCCUCCCUCUGCCUGCCCAAAUCACUACAAGAAUUUACAAUAAAUUUUUUAUGCAAAGUUAGCCAAAAAUGCGACUCAUCUUUAGGGUUGUCAGAGAAAAGCAUUAACAAUCAAAUAACAGAGGAUAACCAAAGAACAAAAUCCAGCCCAAAGUGUGCAUUUGGAUUGCUUAAAGCACAGAAAAUGAAGACUAAGGAAAAUGAGUCAAAAAUGAGUGGAAUGAAACCCCAAGAGCUGAUGGAGGCCAAGAAUUGUAUAAGUAUGACAGAAGAAUGGGAUGAAGUGUGUUGGCCCUAUACGAAGAGCUCCUCAGUACAUGUUUGGGUGAAACAGUGCUGGUCCGUGGCCUCCUGUCCGGCAGAAUGGAAAUACCCUUUAUCUCUGGCACUUAGCAUCAUGAAAGGGGUAGAAGUUAAGAAAACCUGUAAAACUGGUACAGAGGUGAAGCAGACCUCCGUUUCGGGACCUGGUUUUUCAAGGGAAGAUGAAAAAGAAAUACGGGUUUCCAUUCUACCCAAAGCUCUACCACUCAGCUGCCUUGCUCCUCACCUACACAGGUGGACUUUCUCUGAUUUGCCUUUAGAGAAGAAGCAUAAUGAGCAGCAGUUUUCUUGUCUUGAACUGGUAAAAAUCAUUUGGUACCAGGGAAUUACAUAUAGACUUCUCCAUGGUCUUGUGAACUCAAUAGAGAUUUAUCCUGGAGAUGGAUCUAUUUUCAAAUCAGAAGGAGCCGUUUUAGGGAACUAUUUCACAUCCUUUUUGGUUCAGGAGGGAUCACAACAAAGAGAAGAGAGGAUUUAUUCAGUUAAUAACCUACCUCCAGAUGUACCAGGAAGUCCCUACUCUGUGAGUUCUGUUAUCAAGCAGGCAGUCAGAAUUCUAGAGUACUGUGCGAGGAUUAAGCUGUCUUUAAGCCAUAUCCAAAGUCUCUGCUGCUGGAAAAUGAAUCAGACACCUGGGACAGACGAAAGGGAGCUGCUGCCAGUGAUUUUGAGUGAAACAUUUAUUCCCAGCAUUGGAAAAUUUGUGGCAUAUUCUGAUGAUAAAGUGCAUGCUAUCUUUUUGGAAGGAAUUACCCUUACCCUAAUUUGGGAUUUCCAUUCAUACUGUGGAAAGACACAGAAUGCUCAACCUCUGUUUAAUUCACCUUCCAAGAUGAACCAAGAUGUCACCACUGGGUGGUGUAAGUUAACUCUUCCUGAUGGGCAAGAUCAGUUAAUUAACAUUGAGAAUCCUGGACAAUAUGAAAGGCAUGUUACAGCGGUAAUAGCAUGGUGCCGAAAUCUGACUCACUUGAGUCAAAAUGAGAUGGUCGUACACCCCCUGUGUCCCACCGCUGAGGAAAACUGGUCUGUUGCUGCUGAGCUGGAGAAAAUUCAAAGAUUUAACUUUUUACUGGAGAACAGCAGUGUCCUGAACCAGAUUUCCGCUGUGAGAAAGAAUCAGUCUUCUGGUUCUUUCGAACAAAGACCUCUGGAAACGUGUAAUGCGCUUGAAGAAGUUAGUGAGAAGAGUGUAUCGGUAGCUUUGAAAAGAACCUCUGAGGCCCUCCAGGAUAUUGAAUCCUUCCUGGCCUCCUCUAGGAAAUGACAACUGGGUUGCUUGUGUGUUGGAGAACGUUACAGGAUCGUACUUAAUCGUUUCAAGCGACGGACCUGAACAAAAGCCGUUGUCGGUAAACGUCGAAUCCGAGAAUUUGUGCUCAGCGUAUGGAAUUGUUUGGAUUUUGUCCACUUAGUGGCUCCGGUUCAACCGACUUGGAGAAAAAGGUUUUGAAGAAUAUUUGCUAAAAUAGCCUGUCUAAUGGUAGUUGAAUUUGGAAGUGUGCUCUUAACAAUUAUGAGUAUGUUUAGUUGUGAUUUUCAAAAUCAGAGCCAUUAAAUUGGGAGCUGUGA